AUGGCGAAAGCGGACGCGCUGUUCCGUUCGCGCCGUCCGGGCCGUCCGAUGAAGGCGAAACAGACGGAGAAGGACGUGAAAACGGGCUUCGAGGGCAAUUGGGAGCUCGUCGUGCGAAAAUGCCCGACCGCGUUCUCGCAGCACGUCUCCGAGAUUACCACUUCGCAACCGGAGACCAGGGUUAGCGCGGCGAAUUUUUUUUUUUGACGCACUUACAUUAUUCCGACUGAACCCAAACUUUGCAGGUUUUUUGGACGUGAAUUGAAGUACUUUGGGUCCAAGUUUCAGACCACAAAAAUCAGAACUUUUGGCCUAAAUCGCUGCAUUUAGGGACCAGGCAAUCGGAUCGGUCUGAAACUUGGACCCGGGAAAGAUCGGAAUAGUGCAAGUGGGUCAACUCAUCAGAAAAUCUGUCAGAAUCACUUGGAAUCCAGACAUUUUCCUCGAAUUUCAGAUCCACACAACGGAGCUCGGUCUGCGAAAGCCGCGUAAACGCACCGAAAUGCGUCCGUUCCCGGCGCUGUGGGCGAAAAGUUUGGCCGGAUUGCAGGUGGCGAUUCCGAUGGAAAAACCGGACAGGGUAAAUAUUUGGCCGUCGUUAAUAGAAAAUCCAGGAAAAUUUGCAGAUCGAGGACGCGUCGAAGGCGCAAUACUCGUUCGAAUCGAUGAAGGAGAUCCCGCUGAUCAAGCCGGGAACGUCCGCGUUGACGCCAGCGGAGACGGUCGCCACGGUCAUGCAGCAAAUAAAUAAUGGGUACAUGACGAAUGGAACCUUCGGGCAGCCCGUCAACAAGGACAAACUCGACCAGAACUUUAUUGCGAACGCGUGCCACGAACAACCGCUUUGCGAGGUUCGAUUUCGACUUUUAGACAAAUGUUACGGGGUUCUAUUUCUCCGUUCGACUAAAAUUGCACUGAAAUCGUAAACAAUUCCCCAAUUUUCAGCGCGUGCCGAUCGCAAACGUCGUCGAGGAGAUCAGCGCCCAAGAGAAGAGAGUUCUGGAUGCUCGGAAGCGGCUCACCGAAGUGAUGAAAUAUUUCGGAUAA